AUUGGGAAGUGCAAGCAAAAAGCACACUGAAAGUCUAAACCGGAAACCGGCUACCAUCGUCACUUGUACUUGCACAGUUUGCCAGAGUGGUGGCGCCGCUGUUAUUAUAAAACAUUCCAACCAAAACUACCGGCUACCCAGGUAUUGAUAUCAAUUGCAGUGAUUGUUGGAAAGAGAUGAUACUGGUGGCGAUCGUGGCGGAAGUGCUGGAGGAGUACACGGCGUUGCUGGCGAGGGUGCUCGAGCAGGUUUUCCGUUCAGCCCCUGUCCCUCGACGGGUUCGUUUUCUCAUCCUCCGUACCCUUCCCUUUGUUUCUUCUCGCCCCACCCCUAGGACCAUUCUACCCUCUCCCACUUCCUAAUUACUUUCACCUUUCUCACUUGUAAAUUUCACGCUCCAUCCAUUUUCUCUCUUCACUUGUUAAUGUUUUUUCUUUUUAUUUUAAAUUUUGACUUUGAGUUGCAUGCAUUUUCUGGGUUCCAUUGCAUCCAACGCUGUUCACUCCCAUGGCCCAUGCUCUACAACCUUCAUCCACCUCUUUAUUCAAUUAUUCACUUAUCAAUGUAAACUCUCUAUGGAAUCAAUGUUAUAAAAAGUGUGCUUGAAUAUAUUUCUCUAA